AUGGCUACGGUUCUUUCCCCAAUCAAUACUGACCCAAUGGUUACUUCUCAGCAGUUUCCCGUAUACGACGAACAAUCUUUUCUUCCUACUGAAGGAAAUAUGGCUACCAUCAGUAGUUCAACGUCCCGUUCUCCCCAUAAGUUGGUGGAGCAAGUUAUCAGAACUCCUGGUCGACAACCUUCACCACAACCAACACAUUUCAACGUCCCCCAUAGAAAUGGCAACGGAAAUGGACACCGCGUCUUACGUUCCGCAACUGUUGGAUAUGUUGCUCCAGAAUUCAAAGGCAGGACAGAACAAAUGAUUAAAGUGAGAGAACAGAUCAAGGCAAUGAAAUGGAUACCAAGGGAACUCAUUGAUGAACAAUUGGAGUGGUUCUACAAUGAGCUUGGAAUCGAUGACGUCUACUUCCAGACCGAGAGCGCCGAAGCCGUUGUCAGCAAUAUCACAUCGCUUUAUGCUGCAAAGGUCGCUGCAUUUGCUCGGGAGGACAAACGUCAAGAGAUCCGAUUGGAUAUGGAGUCUUCCGAUCACGCCAUAUACAUUGACACCAGCGAACCCGGCAUCAGUGCAGUUGGUGGCCCGAGAUAUGAGCACAGACUAGAGGUCAAGUACUUGGAUACAUCCUCCAAUCACACCUUUCGCGUCGAAAGUUUCCGCUCCACUAGUAACUUGUAUAACGGUUCUACCCCAACAAAGUCCUCGAUACGCUGUUACUUCGUUUACCAGUGCCAAUUCGUCGACCCCAACCCAUCACCCAGCGAAACUCGCCUAGAAGUCAUCAGUGACCGAAUGUUCCUUGCGAAAUCCACCAACAACACAAAGCAAAUCUACCAAGAGAUCAUUGAGCUUGCUGUUUCUCGUACUGGACCAGUUAUUGAGGUCUUUGAUAUUGAAGAUUCAAUCGAGAAGAGACUGGUUGUGGCUUUCAGACGCAGAACAGCCUUAGGAUUGUUCAGUGCUCUGAGUGAUCUUUAUCAUUCAUAUGGUGUGACAAGCUCGAGAAAAUAUGUUGAACAAUUCAGCAAUGGUAUCACUGUGAUGAGUCUGUACCUUAAGCCUGCAAACAACUUGUCACAGGAGUUCCCUACACUUGAACAGUCUAUCCACCAAAUCACCAAGGAGAUUUCUCUGCUUUAUUGCAUACCACAGAACAAAUUUCAGGUAUUGUUCACGAGUGGACGUCUAAGCCUCCAGGAGACAAUCUAUGGUCAUUGUGUUUGGGUUUUUGUUCAGCACUUCCUCAACCGUUUGGGCUCUGAAUACUCCUCAUUGGUGUCUGCGUUAAAUCCGAACAAUAGUUCUCAUGCGGAAAUUUUAUCUACCAUCAAACGCAGGCUUCGUACCGAGACUUUUACUUCUGACUAUAUUCUCGAGAUCAUUAGCAAUCAUCCAGGACUUGUCCGCUCGUUAUACUCUUCGUUUGCAAAGACACAUCUUAGCCUUGCCCCUGGAUUCAGUGAGGAUUCGAUUCCACCUUCACCAUCUGGAGAAGUCCUCAAUGAUAAAGAACUUAAAGAGUUAAUCUCAAAGACUGUUAGCAAUGAGCAUGAAGAUAUGGUCAUGACUGCGUUCCGUAUCUUCAACAACUCUCUCUUGAAGACCAACUUUUAUACACCUACCAAAGUUGCUUUGAGUUUUCGUCUCGAUCCUUCAUUUCUUCCUGAAAUCGAGUAUCCUCAGCCACUGUAUGGCAUGUUCUUGGUCAUUACCUCCGAGUCACGUGGAUUCCACCUUCGAUUCAGAGACAUCGCUAGAGGAGGCAUCCGCAUUGUCAAAUCUCGAAACCGUGAAGCAUACUCCAUCAAUGCCCGAUCAAUGUUCGACGAGAACUACGGUCUCGCCAACACUCAACAACGCAAAAAUAAGGAUAUUCCCGAAGGUGGUUCCAAGGGUGUUAUUCUUCUAGAUUCCAAUCAGCAAGACAAGGCCAGCGUAGCUUUCGAGAAAUACAUCGAUAGUAUCAUGGAUCUUCUCCUGCCACCUUCGUCUCCGGGCAUCAAGAAUCCUAUCGUUGAUCUUUAUGGCAAGGAAGAAAUUCUCUUCAUGGGUCCUGAUGAGAACACUGCUGAUCUUGUUGACUGGGCUACUGAGCAUGCUCGCAAGCGAAAUGCUCCUUGGUGGAAAUCAUUUUUCACUGGCAAGUCUCCCAAAUUAGGCGGCAUACCCCAUGAUAGUUACGGUAUGACUUCUUUGUCGGUCCGAGAAUACGUCAAAGGCAUCUAUCGAAAGUUAGAGCUUGAUCCUAUCAAAGUUCGAAAGAUGCAAACUGGUGGGCCUGACGGUGAUCUAGGAAGUAACGAGAUAUUGCUGAGCAAUGAAACUUAUACUUCAAUUGUCGAUGGCAGCGGCGUCUUGGUUGACCCACAAGGCCUCAACAUUGAUGAGCUCAGGCGCUUGGCCACGAAGCGUGCCAUGAUCUCCGAGUUUGAUCUCACCAAGCUAUCAAAUGAAGGUUAUCGUGUUCUUGUCGACGAAACAAAUGUAACCCUACCCAAUGGAGACGUCAUCAGCAAUGGUACAACAUUUCGUAACACUUUUCAUCUUCGAGAUACUGGUCUUACCGAUGCUUUUAUUCCUUGCGGUGGCCGUCCAGCAGCUAUCGAUCUUUCCAGUGUCAACAAGCUUAUCAAAGAUGGAAAGUCGACCAUUCCAUACAUCGUUGAAGGUGCCAACCUAUUCAUCACCCAAGAUGCCAAGCUGCGAUUGGAAGAAGCAGGAUGUAUUCUUUUCAAGGAUGCUUCUGCCAACAAGGGUGGUGUAACAUCUUCAUCUCUAGAAGUUCUUGCAUCUUUGAGUUUCGAUGAUGAGAGUUUCGUGGAGAAUAUGUGUGUAGGAAGCAAUGAUCAAGCUCCGGAAUUCUACAAAGAAUAUGUCAAGGAAGUUCAAGAGACUAUCAAGAUGAAUGCCGAGCUUGAAUUCGAGGCUAUCUGGCGAGAACAUGAACAGACAGGAAUUCCACGGAGCACGUUGAGUGACACAAUUAGUGUGGCAAUCACCAAGCUUGAUGAGGAACUUCAAACGUCUGAUCUAUGGAGAGAUGCGAAGUUAAGAAAAUCGGUAUUGCUUGAUGCUUUGCCACAGCUGUUGUUGUCCAAGAUUGGACUUGACACAAUCAUGCAAAGAGUGCCUGAAAACUACCUCCGUGCCAUCUUCGGCAGUUAUCUUGCAAGUCGAUUCGUUUAUGAAGUCGGCAGCUCGCCAGGUCAGUUCGCCUUCUUCGACUUCAUGUCGAAGAGAUUGGCCAAUGUUCGACCUAGGUCUCCCUCUUUAUAA